AUGUGUGACCGAAUCAUUACGGGCGAUAGUUUUGAACAACCUACUUACCCACCUAUUACACUAACUUCCUCUUCAUCUAGUGCUCCAAGCUAUUUUGACCCAACUUCUACAAAUAAAGAACUAUGGUCAGAAAUUAAAUUACUUAAUAAUAGAGUUGAACGUUUGGAAUCAAAACUGGAACUCUAUAAAAAUCCUGGUACUAGUCCUUUGUGCUAG